UUAAAAUUUAAAAAUAAAUUUUAAUUAUGACAUGCAUCUUAACAUUUAUAUAAAUAUAUAUCAUACCUUAAAUAUAAAUAAUUUAACAACUUAAAGUAGAAAAAUAAUAAAAAUCCCGGGCGUAGCCCGGGUUAAUCCCUAGUCUAAUACUAUAAAGUAAACAAUUCUCUCCUUCUCAAGAGGACACGUCACUAAAUAGGAUCACCAGAAACUACCACGUGUUCCUCUUCUUUGAAACUUUGCGUUUCAUUUAAUAAGUUUUGGGUUUUGUUCGUUGGGCUGUGUCUACAUUAUUUGAGCUCAUAUAUUGAUAGAUAGAUCCAGGCUCCCCCCAAUAAUGAAACGCUACGUUUUUUUUAAGGGUUUGUGGUGUCUCCAUCUUCGCUCUCUCCUCCUCAUCGCGCAAGCGACCUUCCAUCUUCUUCCUUCCGGUGGGAAGUGGUGACAGUAACCGACAUGCUCUCUUAAAGCCCUCCAUUAAUAGACCACUCACGAUCCAUAUUCAAUGCGACUCUUGAGACUGGAAGGCGGUGGCGUUCGACUAUAAAAAGUUAUGAGCUCCUGCUUUUAGAAUCAGCCUCCCAUCCGUUGAACAAAAAAAAAAGAAUCAUCCUCUCAUCUAUGCUAAACUAAACAGCAAACAAAAAAAGGUAUGAGUUAUGGCUAAUGCUUUGGUCUUCCUCUCCGACUUACAGCGUGGCCGCUCUUCCUCCACCCUUCAAGUUCGCCUGCUCCGUUUCUGGGACCCCAGGAAUGUAGGCCGUGGUGGAGAUCUCAUGGGAGUCGACAUGCUCCUUCUUGAUUCUCAGUCUGUCCGUGAUCUACUGCUUAGGUUUUGGGAGGCGAGAAAUAUGAAGAGCGGCGGCAACCAUAUCGGUGUAGACCUUCUCCUCCUCGAUGCAAAAGUGUUUCUGGCGACUCUCAUCUAAGUCACCGUCCGGUUCAUGACUGCAACUCUAUCUCCGGUGAAUGCUUCUUUAUUUACAGGUCAAACGACUCCUCAAAGCAUCAGUUGAGGAAAUGAGGGGGGAUUAAAUAUCUGAGAUUACACAUUAAGGCAGUGCUUAUUCACUCAGGUAACUUCUACAGUAGUAAGUAGCACAGGUUCUACGACUGUGUCAGACUAUGAUUUAAUAUCCUAAAACAGGAAAGUAUCGAACAUAAAAGGGUAUUUUCUGUGGUUGGUGAUGGAUUUGUAUGAGCAGCUAUUUAGAGGGUAUAACAAGACAUGAGUAUGGAUUAUAUUAUGUCUACUCACUGGUGUUUUUCCUUCCUCUGGGAAAAUCAUCAUUGAUCGCAUGAUUCUUUGAUCAUUGUAUGUCAACGACGAUUGCAUCGUAUGUUUAAAAUAAUCUUUGAACUCCACUGGACGUGUGUCUUGCGUCUGAAGAAACAUUUAUAUC